CCAGGACGCCGGCUGGGGGGGUUUCUUGAGCGCGGCGUGAGGGGAGAAAGGCAGUACGAGAGAGUUCAGGGCAAAGUAAAAUGUUUUCCUUCCUCAGAAGACUUGAGGACCAGUGGCAAUUUGGAGAUCUUAAGCACUACAUGAUGUCUGUCAACUUGCUGAAUUUAAUAAGUUGAAGAAACUGUUGGAGCAUUGCUUUGAUCAAUAUUGGUUGGUGAAGCUCUUCAAAGGCGAUGUCAACGACUCUUUCGGUGCUGCAGGAGGAGCUGGCAUCUGUUGACGAUGAACUGCAGGCAUUGGAAAUCCAGAUUCAAGAACUUCUUGAACAUCAGCAACAACUCAUUCAAAAGAAGGCCACCUUGAAGAAGAAAAUAAGACAGUUUUCCGACACGGAAAGCGGGAGCAGCAAAGAGGCUGAUUCAGCAACCGAGGACUGGAAAAAAGAAGACUUUCCAUGGUCCACAAAGAUUAGGGCUGUGUUACAAAAAAGCUUUGGCCUCCAGGAAUUUAGGCCCUUGCAGCUGGAGACAAUUAAUGCAACCAUGGCAGGCAGAGAUGUGUUCCUUGUCAUGCCUACUGGAGGGGGAAAGAGCCUGUGUUAUCAGUUGCCAGCAGAAGGAUCUCAGG